UCGUACCGGUUUUUACCCAGAAAAUGUACACGUCUCUAAAUUUCAAUGAUGACAUCUACCGCCGAGAAAGAAAACUAAUAAUCACCCACAGCAUUGUUAUUGUACAAGUUUCUCCCUUAAUUUUGUAAAUUUCUCGGUAUUUCACAGGCUAUCAGUCAGCCUUGGGGCGAAAAUUCGAGUCGGCUGACGUGGCUUGGUGGUGAUGUGGGUCCCGGCCCUUCUUGUGGUGGCCGCCCUUAGCGGGGCAGCUGAGGCCUAUUUUAUCACGGUUGAUGCUCAUGCAGAGGAAUGCUUUUUCGACAAGGUUGAAGCUGGCACCAAAAUGGGUCUCAUGUUUGAAAUCGCCGAGGGUGGAUUUCUGGACAUUGACGUCAAAAUUGUGGGACCAGAUGGAAGGGUGAUCUACCAGGGUGAACGAGAGACGAGUGGAAAAUACACCUUCGCCGCCCACGUGACUGGAGUCUAUACUUACUGCUUCAGCAACCAGAUGAGCACCAUGACUCCCAAGGUGGUGCUCUUCAAUAUGGACAUUGGUGAAGCACCUAAAGAAGCUUCCGAAGACACAGAUGCACACCACAACAAGCUAGAUGAUAUGAUUAGGGAGCUCAGCAGCACACUCACUGGUGUGAAGCAUGAGCAGGAAUAUAUGCAGGUACGUGAUCGAAUUCACCGCAGCAUUAACGAGAGCACAAACUCAAGAGUCGUGAUGUGGAGCUUCUUUGAAGCGCUUGUUCUUGUAGCUAUGACUCUUGGUCAGGUCCUCUACCUCAAGCGAUUCUUCGAGGUCAGAAGAGUGGUCUAAAAGACUUCCCAUCUUUGUAUUACUGAAUAAACUAAUGCCUUGUUGUUUUGAUUCAUAAA